GCCAAAACCGCCGAACGGUCUGCCUAAACGUUGUUGGUGUGCGCGGAGGAGCCAAAUAAAUCCAAGUAAUUUCCGUCGAGCGCUGCAAAAUUAUGGAUCGCACUUUCUACGAGGGCUGGCUAAUCAAGUCGCCGCCCACCAAGCGCAUUUGGCGAGCACGCUGGAGGCGUCGCUGGUUCACGCUGAAGCAGGGCGAGAUACCGGAGCAGUUCUGCCUCGAAUACUACACCGACCACAACUGCCGCAAGCUGAAGGGCGUCAUCGAUUUGGAUCAGUGCGAACAGGUGGACUGUGGCCUGCGGCUGGAGAAUCGCAAGCAGAAGUUUCAGUACAUGUUUGACAUCAAGACGCCCAAGCGAACCUAUUACCUGGCUGCCGAAACGGAGGCGGAUAUGCGCGACUGGGUCAACUGCAUCUGCCAGGUGUGUCACCUACACGAUACCAAGCAGUCGAAUGAGUUGCCAUUGGGAGCGGUGGGUGCUGAUGAAAACCGCACCCAGCACACGAGCUCCAGUGGCGGGCUGAGCAACUCCACUCAAAAUACGACCACCACUUCGCUGCACUCCUCCGCUGGAACCACAGCGGCCCAUGCUGCGGGCCCAAAUGCUGGAGGAGUGGCCCAACUGCGUCGACCGGCGGUCAUUGAACAGCAACCGAUGCCCUCGAAUGCUGGGAACAACAACUCAGACUCAGUAUAUGUCAACACGGAGUACAGCAAUCGCGAGACGAUGCUCUGCGAUGCCAACUUUGACCAGCAGGAUCUGCUCUCGGCUGCCCAGCAGCAACCGCCACCAUCGCCGGCAACAGCUCUUUAUCUGAACCACAGUGCUUUGAUCCAAGCUCAGGCGGCAGCCGCAGCCGCCGAGCAACUGCAGCAGCAGCAGCAACAGGCUGCCCGCUUGGCGGUCAACGCUAAUGGAGUGGUGCGUAAGCUGCCGGAGCACCUGGUGCUGACGCAACAAACGCUGGCGGAGGCAGCAGCCCAGCAACACAGCAGCGUCCAGGCCUCGCCCGCUUUGAGCACAGCCUCCGGGCCAUAUAUACCCAUCAGCGAGUGCUUCUCGGGCAGCCCGAGAUUCCUGCCCGGCAGUGGAGCUCCCGGUGCAGAUGUGGCCAUACCAAACAACCCCACCACGCCGCUGAACAACUUGGAUCCCAAGUUCUACGAUACGCCGCGCAGUCAUAACAACAUCGGUCUGAAUUUGACCAACGAUCAAUCGUACUCACCGAAGAUCACCAAUUUGAGUCUGCAACAGUUGGCUAGUACCAAUGCAAGUAAACAACGCUCCGACUCGGAUUCGGAAAGCGUUUUUACCGAUGACGAUGAGUGGGCCCAUCCCUUGCCCCUGCGCGAGAAUGUGGAUCGCAGCACACGACCCUCUGAUAGUUCCAUUGAGAACGAAUCGUUUGUGCUGACCUACUCGCAGCGUUUCUCCAAAAUGCCCGAGGAAGGCGGUGCAGUGGUGCCGCCGACCGAAAAGAAUUCCAAGCUAACGGGAGCAGCAUCUCUGGGAGAAGCUGGUGACCAAGGAACGCUGGACAAACUGGCCAAGGUGCUAAAAAACAAAAAUAAUCUCAUAUUGGACUUUAAGGAGAAUGAAAAAAUUCCGCGAGAUCUGCCCCAGCUGUCGGAUACGGAAAACACUUCACCGGCCAUUGUGGCCCGUCGCCAUGCCCACUCAACCCUUAUCGAGGAGAGCUACGACAUUCCACGCUCCCACCAGCAACCCUACUACAAUGUCAACCAGCUGCUGGGCGAGCGACCAGUCACCAGUCCGCACAACUCUAAUCCCAUUGCAGCAUCCACACCGAAUCUCAUGGCCGCCGAUUUGGGUUCAGUGGCUGCCACAUUAACGGCAGCGAAUUCCGGCCAGAUUAGCGGUGCUCAGACGGCCGCCUCAUCGCCCACCAGUGCAAGAACGUUGCCCCGACACUGCUACACCAAUGCAGCGCCCACAAAGAUGGAGGGCAAUGUCUUUCGGUACGAUUUCAUGGAGCAGGCGGACUGCCCACCGGUGAACCGCAAGCUGAAGCCGAAGGUGGCGGGAGGAUUGCCUGCCCUGGAGGACAAGCCGCCGGAGGAAUUUCCAGCAAAGCCCCCGGUGGGCGUAGAGCAUUUAACUAAUAAACUGGGUGCUGCGCAACUGCAGCAGCCGAUUGGACCCCCCAGUGUGGACAGAAAGUGCAAGCCGAAUGUCUUCAAGUUGGGAACUUCGGCUACCAUGUCGCCGUCGACACGUCGUUCCUCUGGAGCCCCUCUCUCCAUGGUACUGCCGCAUGAAACGGAUGUCCACUCACCGGGUGCCACCUACUUCCACGAGACGCGCACCCUGCCUCGCCAGCAGCAUCGGCAGCAUCCCAACAGUCCCGGCAGCAUGUCCGUGCAACAUCAGCGCACCGCAUCGGCAGCGGCUGCCAUGAUGAGCUUGGCGGGAGCUGCCGGAGCUCCCAAGCAGCAACCACCGGCGCAGGCUGAGCACAAGCUGCAGUACUUUGAUCUGGAUGUUACCAACAAACCGCCGCUGCUUAACAGAUCCAGCAUGAGUGUGGGCAAUCUGUACUCCCAAGGUGGAAAUGGAGCCAGCGGGAUGCGACUCGCUGGCGUGGACACGGGAGGUGCCCGGGCCCCAGUGCCCAGUAGUGUGGUCUACAGAUCGGUGGACUUUGUCAAGACGGAGGCAUUCAAGAGGAUUCGGGAGGAGCGAGAAAGCAGCGGCAACAAGUGAUUCUGCUGUGUCAGCAGAAUGGUUUCACAUCUCCAAUUCAACCACAUGACAACGUGCAAUAAUAAAGGACCACGUUGCGGAUCCAAAUUUUUGUAGUGCCUAUUGGGGGUCAGCUGAGGAGAGCUGGCCCCAUCCAAAAACAAGAAAAGUGCAAAUUCCGAGUGGCUUUCACAUUCGUUAACAUCGUCAAACUCACAACCCAUUAAUUCACAUAUCUAGCUUGUAAGUCGGCACCAGCAUUUUUGGGUGCUGCUUUGAAUCUGUAAUUCGUAUCUGAAUCCAUGUCGUUCGUAUUCGUAUUUAAAUCGUGCUUCCAACACUUCCAUGUCUAUUUGUUAAGCUUCGAAAUCAAAAUGUAACCAUGACAAACGAUCUUAGUGCUAAUUUUACAAUGCAAACAGUUAUUUUAUAUACGCAAGCGAAAUAUUUAUAUACACGAAUUUUAACACGUGUGCGACACAAGCUGUAGCUUGAUUUUGUGCUUUAAAAAAUAUAUAUACAUUAAUACCAA